GAAGAGUGAAAGGGAAGAGAAACAGCACAUCCAGUCACGCGGUCUGGUCACGUGACCGCGCGAGCCUUUUCUCCGGCUUGUCUGUGUUACGCAGCGCGAGCCGAACGUCGAGCACGAGCUGUUGCGCGCGCGCACACAAAGACAGCGCAAGGCUUCUGGCUGUGUGUUCCAGUGCUGCUCGGCUCGGCUCGGCUCGGCUCGGCUCGGUUCUGUUUUUAUUAUUUUAAUGAAUUGUGACCCAGACUCCCUUUUUAUGACGGAUAUUUCUCUCGCGCUGCCAACAUGGCCGUGGUGGACCAGAAUAACGUCAUUCACGACUCCACCGAAACGGAUCAGUUGCUGUCUCCAGUGAUUUGCUAUGGUUCCCGUGACUACAGCCCUGACCAUGGCACCUCCAAGUUGUACCCGGCGACAGAAACCUGGGCAGCUACAGACAAGGAAGAGGAAGAGCUGAGGCGAAAGUUGAAAUAUUUCUUCAUGAGCCCAUGUGAUAAGUACCAUGCCAAAGGCAGAAAGCCAUUUAAACUGCUCCUGCAGAUCCUGAAGAUCAUCCUAGUGACAGUACAGCUUGUGCUGUUUGGUUUGAGUAAUCAGAUGGUGGUAACAUUUAAAGAAGAAAACACAGCCUCCUUUAAACAUCUUUUUCUUAAAGACUACAGCGAUGACGCGGACGACACGCUGGCAGUGUACACGCAGAGUGACGUCUAUGACUAUAUCCAUUACGCAAUAGAACAGUACCUGCAAUUGCCGGACACCACUGUGGGACGCUACGCAUACGUUUAUGGAGUGGGUGUCAAUGGCAGCGCUCUGUCUCUCUGCCAGCAAUAUUAUAAAAAAGGCCAGAUCGACCCAGCCAACGACACCUUCACCAUUGACCCACACGUUAUUGCAGAUUGUGUAGGAGUCUCACCGCUCAACGUUCCUGAUGGCUUUGUGAAAAAUGACUAUAAAAACUUCACUCUUAAAUUUCACAAGCUCAUCAAUGUUACAAUACAGUUUCAGCUAAAGGCUAUAAAUCUUCAGACCAUCAUAAACAAUGAGAUUCCAGACUGUUACACAUUUGUAAUCACGAUCAUCCUGGACAAUAAGGCUCACAGUGGCAAAGUGAAGAUCAGUCUGGAUAACCAGGUCUCGAUCCAGGAGUGCAGAGACCCCAAUGUAUCUGGCCAUGCGGAAAAUUACACCCGGGUGGCCUUCGAUGUGGCUGUAGCGAUGAUUUGUGUCCUCUCUCUGGUGCUCUGUGGGCGCUCCAUUCUCCGAGGCAUUUUCCUGCAGCAUGAGUUUGUACAGUACUUUAAACACAAACUGAAUCGCAUGGUGUGUUGGGGGGACAGGAUGGAGUUCAUCAAUGGCUGGUACAUCCUGCUCAUCGUCAGUGACGUGCUCACCAUCACCGGCUCCAUCUUAAAGAUUGGCAUUGAGUUCAAGAACAUCUUGUCCUAUGACGUGUGUGGGAUUUUGUUGGGAACAUCAACCCUGUUGGUGUGGGUGGGGGUGAUUCGCUACCUCAGCUUCUUCCAGAAGUACAAUAUACUGAUCGUGACCUUGCGUGCAGCGUUCCCUAACGUGAUCCGUUUCUGCUGCUGUGUGGCAGCGAUCUAUCUGGGCUACUGCUUUUGCGGCUGGAUCGUUUUAGGACCGUACCAUGUCAAGUUCCGCUCUAUGUCCAUGGUGUCCGAGUGCCUGUUCUCUCUGAUAAACGGAGACGACAUGUUUGUCACCUUCAGCGGCAUGCAGGAGAGCAGCACCCUGGUGUGGGUCUUCAGCCAGGUGUACCUGUACACAUUUAUCUCUCUGUUCAUCUACAUGGUCCUCUCACUGUUCAUCGCCCUCAUCACCGGGGCAUACGAGACCAUCAAGCAACAAACUCAGGAGCCCUAUCACAUCACCGACUUGCACGCAUUCAUCGCCGAGUGUAAAGACACACCCUGCUCUGGAAAGUUCCGAGGCCUGGAGACGUCGCCGUGCUCCUUCUUUUGCUGCUGUGACAGGACAACCACCUACGAAGACGUUCUACUGGUGAACUAGUCGUUCAUCUACAGCUCUUAUGCACUCUGCUGGUGACGGUGUGAUGCUGCAUCCAUUCCAUGGUGAGAAACCGGGUAAAUACAGAUACCAAGUGCUGCAUCCAGUCCACGUUUACCUCCACAGACUCCUGACACACUGCAGGGGAGAGAAUUUUUCCUCCUGGAUGUGAUGGCGAAAAGGAAAUAAGAAAGACUCCUUCGUAUUUUUUCAGCUCGGCACAAAAAGAACAAAGCGAUACGAAGGACAAAGAAGCUAUUUCUGUCUGUCUCCUACUUCGAAGAGAGCAGCAUUGCGUUGGUGCAGUGCACAAGCAUUGUUCAGGAAAAUAGUGUAUUUUAGAAGGUCAGUGUUUUAUGUCGUAUUUAACAUGAUUUUAGUGUGCUGUUAACUUCGCAGGAGCUAAUGAAUUUAGUCUCAUCUCAUCUCAUUAUAUGCAUUGUUUUAUACGGAUAAGUCAUGGCUAACUUGUCAUUUUGAAGAAGAACGACCGUCAUUGCACCAUACCUCACUUUCACUACCCCACACAUCUCGGCUCAGCACGAAUCACUUCCUCAUUGUUCCUUACGAGAUUAAGCUGCCGUUAGUUCUAUAGUGAACUGUUUUGUAAGUUUCCCAUACAUUCCAGUGAUUUUGUAAAUUAUCUACUCAAACAAAUGACUUGGACCACCAACGUGCAACCGGUCGGGACAAGAACGCAUCCCUACAGGCUUAGUCGUGUCUCUUGCGCAUUCAAAAAUAAAGCGCCCUCUGUUGCACUAGCAUUCAAGCAUGUGCUUUGGAGUUAACGAUAAAGCGAUGAGCUGUAAUUGGGAUUUGCGCUUGAAAUGUUUAUCUUCUGCCAAAACUGCGUGCUUCGUGAGUGUCGUGCUUCUCUUGCCGCGUUCAAAGAAAUCCGUAAAUACGUUUUGCCGUUUCAGGCCCGAGACGCGCGCACUGGUUUAGAUAAGGUGGGUUUUAAUCGGGACGCGUUUGUAAAGAUUGAAGAAAUGCAAACUUUGGGAAAUAAGUUUUUUGGUUAGUUUGAGAAAAGGUUCUCUCACACUGAUGCUGCAGUUAUUAUAUUUUGGAUACACUGGAAAGGUUUCCGUCUGCUCUCCUGUGCCUGGAUGUAAAUGAGCUCAGCAGGGUGCAGCGUCGUUUCUUUAAGAUCCAGAACAAUAGGAUUCACUAAAUGACAGCAUCUGACCUACAUCAUGAACCGUAAACGUGUACGCUCUGUUCUGGGUUUUGGAGAUGUAGCCACAGCCACUGCAGCUAUGGGUCACUAUGGGGGUUGAGCUGAAUAUUACUGACAUUAAUAUUCCUGAAUGUUUUACCCAGAAGAGCUAAUCAAGUGGAAAUAGAGUGGAGUGUGACAGUUGCAGUGAUGCAGGCUGGAAACACGUUGUUUAUUUUCUUUUCUCAGUGAUGUUCAAGUCUGACUCAAUCAUGAUGUACAGAGUUUUAAUUUAUUCAUGUAUAUGUGUAUUGUAAUUAGUCUUUAUGUAUAUAAUGAGUUUUAAAUGCACCAAUAGUAAAGAGGAUGCAUUUAAUGGUAGAGACGCACAGUUUUUUGAAGGAGCCAAGGUUCCUUUUGAGGUUGAGCGAGUAUCUGUAGCCCUUAUUGCAAUCACUAUGACUAAUCAUUACAGUAGGAAGUGGGAAACUCACGAGAGAUCAGUGUAAAAAGGCUGGAAAAAGGAAGCUUUUGUAUCUCUCUCUCACACACACACACACACACACACACACAGACUCUGCUGAAGUAAUAUGUCCACUUGAAAUGGGUUUUUUUUUUUAAUAAGUGUGUGUGUGUAAUUUAUCACUGAGUUUAUAAAUAUUCUAUUUUGUCUUACCCAUGAUUCAUUUGUGCUUGGUGAAUAGAUUGCUGUUACAAGCAUCCAAUGUCUAGGGCUUGUUUUUAUUAUUAUUAUUAUUUUUUUUUUUAAUACAGCUGUUUCUGGACACUUUUUUUUUUUAAACAGAGCAAUGUGUUCAUCUCUGUUUUUUUUUUUUUUUAUUAUUGCUAAUCUCUAUCAUUUGAUACACAUCCAAUACAGAGAUUUUUUUUUUUCAGUUGUAGAUUUGUUUAUUUAAGGCCAAAAAAAAAAGAUGGUGUGUUUCAGGUAACAUGAAAUACUAAAAUAAGGUCGGUAGGUAGGAAAAAUUUUUUUUUUUUAUUUUGUUCGAAAAAAUUAACACAAGUUACAACAAGUAACAUCUUACAAAAUAGUAUUUUGGCACAGAAUCCUUUAUACCACACAUCAUAAUAAAAUAAAAGUGUUUUAAAUCUUUAAACUAAUAAAAAAAAAAUUGCAAGAGUUCGAGUUAUGAUCUACGGAAGCGUAUUGCUGCCACACUCAAAAAAAAUUGGCUUAGAAUCAAGUAAUUACGUGAAAAGAUAUUGUUAAAGUUAUCACGUUUUUACAAUAUAUUUAUCAUGUAAUAACAUCACGUAAUUUCAUGAUGCGAAAUUAUCACAUUAUUUCAUGAUAUUUUCAUGUAAUAACGUGAAAACACCUUAUCAAGAAAUAACGUGAAAAUAACGUCCUAGGCUAGGCUACUUCCAUUAAAAGCAGACGGCCUAGCCUAGCCUACUGUAGAACUUGGGUCGAGCAAAAACACCGAGCAAAAACAUGGCUGAAUCCUGAAUGACUCCUAUUUGUAUAAAAAUGGGACUACAUAGGCGGCAAAAUGUAGUGUUUUUCCCUGCCAUGGAGAUGCACUUGUAUACUGAAGAGGAAGCAAUUUGCAUUACAGCCGUGAAUGAGGAUUCAAAAUGGCGGCUCGGCUCAGUUUUCCCUUCCUCCUUCAGUAUACAAGUGCGCUUCCAUGUUUAUGCAGGAGGGCUGAUAGAAGUGGCGAAACAUUUUACUUUUUAUCGUUUCUUUCACAACUUGAAUGCGUUGAAACAAAAAAUUAUGACAAACUAACGCCGCUUAUACUAAAAUAUCGAGGGAAAUUUGUAAUAACUUUACGGUCGGCAAUUUCGACGCGGAAAUUCUCGAUCGGUCGGGUUACCGGAAACACACUUUUUUUUUUUUUUUUGGCCUAAUUUAAAACAGCGUCUGAGAAAAUCCUUGAAUCUUUUAUGGCACAUAACUAUUUUCUAUAAUGGGGUGGUUGAUUAGGGAUCUUGCUCUUUCCUCAUGAAAAAUGUAAACAUUUCUAAGUCUUUGCUAAAUUUGUCAUACAGUUUUCUGACUGACUUAAAUCCUGUGAAUAUUGAGUCAAUAUUAUUUUUGGCAGAUGUUUUUAAUACAGUUUUCUUGUCAAGAUCUCCACUUAUGUAUGUGAAAGUGCUUUUUAACUCUUCGCUGGUAUUUUCCCCCAUAACCCCUGAACUCUGCCACCUAUGGGAAUUAAAUAGAGCUACAUGUUCCAAUCUUUCUUUUUUUUUUCCCCACAGCUAAAACAGAUUCAGUGGAAAAAUAAGUGACUCAUGAGCAGUGUGUUUAUGCUGUAGUACUCCUAACUCAGUACUAGGUGGAAAACCGACACCCAUUCAAGUUUGUUUAUUUAGUUAGUUGAAGUCUAUGGAUUAAAGCAGAGGUUCUCAUUCUUUGUAACCAAGGAUCUCUAUAGCUGUAAAAUAAAUUCCACAGACCACCUUCGAACUAUAUUUAUUAGAGCCAUAUAACUUUUAUUCCUGAACUUUCCACUCACAAAACACAUGAGGUCUAGCUUGGCCUAGUAUUUAUUUAUACUUGAGUUCUUGAACUUUGGACCAAACCUACUCAAUUCAAACACACUUAUGUAAUACAUUUGAUUAUAGGUUGUGAUUUCCACUAGUAACAAAUUAUAAAAAUUAUAGACCCCCCUGGCUUUGCUUUAUGAACCACUGGAAGGGUUCAGCAGUGGUUCAGGUCCAGUCAUCAGAGCUGUUAUUGUGGCUUGGGAAUUUCAUACAAUUGGCAACCUUGCCAUGGAAAAAUAAAAUUGUUAAUCACAUUUAAA